GUAACUGGUAAGUACUCGAUUGACGAAACACAACAAUCAAGCGUGGUGUCAAACAUGAUACCAUCUCAGUGGAUAUUAUCUGUCAAAUUCAGCAAAAAUAACAAGCUUGAAAAUGUUUCGUCAAAAGAAAUUUUUCUAGUCGAUGGCUAAGCAUGAACUUGUUUAGCAUUGACUUUUGCCGGGAAGUGUUCUGCUAACCUACGGAGUUUCCAUGAAUGGGACAUUAUAAAUAGUUUAGAUGUUUUUGCAGCCUUCUUCAAAGAGGAUGUCAGAGAAUGUAAAUUCUGAUGACAUUGAUGGGAACCCAGCUGCCAUAUCUGUGGUACAUAUGCCAUCUCUGAAUCAGCCAGUUCAAGUGCAGUCGGUAAUCCACUCAAACCAGCCCUCCGUCAUACAAACUGCUGGUCCAAACAUACAGACAAUUCAAGUUGUUCGAGUAGCUGCAGUUGACGAUGAUAUGAAUGAAGAUUGUGAAGGAAAAAAACGAAGAGAAAUUCUGUCAAGACGACCAUCUUAUAGAAAAAUAUUAAAUGAGUUGUCAUCAUCUCCGGUGCCAAAGAUAGAGGAGGAGUCCAACAGUAGCCAGAGUCAGGAUGGGGAAAGUCAGGAGGCUGCCACUAAUCUGUCCACUCACAACAACGUCCAGUUCCAGCAAGGUGACUUAGUCCCCUCUGGAGCCAUUCAGAUAACAUCUGAUGGCACGUCAGUAGCACAGGGUCUCCAGACAUUGACCAUGACAAAUGCCAGUCCAACAACAUCAGCUGCAACAGGUGCAACCAUUGUGCAGUAUGCACAGGGACCAGAUGGACAGUUCUACAUACCAGGCACAGUGCAAGCAUACCAAAUAGCAACGUCUGGUUCAAUACCACAAGGCGUGGUGAUGGCUACAGCUGGAAGUCCAAUGUCUAGUCCUACAAACAUGGGGGAGGAAGCGUCGCGCAAACGUGAACUCCGACUUCUUAAGAAUAGGGAAGCAGCUCGGGAAUGUAGGCGGAAAAAGAAAGAUUACGUAAAGUGUUUGGAAAACAGAGUUGCUGUUCUUGAAAAUCAAAAUAAGACAUUGAUAGAGGAGUUAAAGGCUUUAAAAGAACUUUACUGUCAGAAGGAGGGAUAGAGGUCAGCUGUGAUAAUCCUUGUUAUAAUAUUGCGUGGUUUAACCUGUACAGGGGCCACAGAGGCUUUCUUAAAGCUACGCAAGAAGGUUGAAAUCCCAAUGACCAAUAACUGGUGAGUGCUAGCCACAUGGCGCCCUGCUGGCCACGGGUAUGCCAUGGUCCUGUAUGUGAUGUUGAUCGUCUCAUACACAGCGUCCUGACCACUACACCCACACUGGGUUUUCGACACAAGAUUUCCAUUGGAAAUUCUCACAUUGUCAGUCGUUUGUAAAGCUGUAUAAUGUUGAAUGAUUGUCUGGAUUUGCUGGAGAUACAAUCUGAGAGCUUAAGUUCAGAGCUAAGAUGGAUAAACUUGACAAUUCUUGAAUAAAUAUAUAUAUAUAUAUAUAAGUCUGAACAGCUACAUAAUGCCUAAGGUAUCAAUUAUUUCUUCAGUAUUUCACUAGUCUAUUUUUGACCAAGGUUUAAAAAAAACAACCUUGCAGUGUACCAAAUAAUAUCUGAUAUGUUUGAAAUAUGUGGCUGCAACAGUUUUAUUGAAAAGAAGACCUACUUUCUUGUCACACACAUUUAUGUUUUCUUUAUUGAUCUGAAAUUAUGUAUUUUGAAUUGUCUUAUCUGUUACAAUUAACAUAUGUACAUCUGAAAAUAAGUAUACAUUGUGCUUCUUUUUCUGUUGAGUCUAUAAAAUGAAAAGGAAGUUGAUACCGAUAGAUGUUUGAUGUAUUUUGUCUAAUUGAUUGAAAUUAGGGUGCCUUAUAAAAAUGCUACAUGGCAAACAAAUAUCAUGCAUAAAGAAUUGAGGGUCGUGUACUAAGUAUUUGAUGGUUAGGAGUUGUUGGAUGAGAGAGAGUGUUUUUAUGGUAAAGUUUACUUGUUGUAUUCUUUGCUCUUCUGUUAAGUUUUGCAGAAAUUUUCUAUUGUAAUCAUUGUCUUUACUCUCAACAUUGAGUAAAGUAAUACACAGGAGAAUCUUGUGUUUUAGUCAUAUAUAUAGCAUUUUGUUUUUAUCAUCAUUGAAGUCUCGUACAUGUGAUUUGAUUUUGUGACACGUUUUAAAUUCGGUAUUUCUUUCAGAUGGUUAUAUUUAAUACACAAUGCUAUAGACCAAGAAGUAUUCUCAUUUGCUCAAAAUUCCUAAAUUAUAUCAGUGUACUGCCAAAACAUUGCAUUUUAGGCUAGACAUCUGAGAACAGCAUUAUGAUCCUCAUGAUGUAACAUGCACAUUGUAAAUUGCAAGGAUCAGUAUAACAACAACACAAGAUAAUACUGAUGGCAAUUUUGUUGCAGUACUAGUCCAUUCUGUAAGUUUUGGACACGAUGAAGUUGUAAGUCUAAUUGACUUUCAAAGAAAAGAAUCUCAAACUUGUUCAAUCCAGAUUUAAUGAUGCAAUAUUGAUAUAACUUUCAUUUUGAUUUUGAUUUAUAUCCAGGGUAAUUGUAACAUUAUCUUGAAUGAUACAUACAUUUUGACAGCUCUUUGAAGGCUUCAAAUCUGUGUACUCUUGAUAACAUCCAGUCUAGGUACACAUUUUUUUGUAGGAUUUUCACCAAACUGAAGGAGACACUUCAAAAAAGUCUUUUUUUAUAUAACAUGUUAACAUGGAAAAAACAUCUAAAAUUAUGCAAAAUAUAUGUAAAAAAAAUAGUGCGACUGUUUUAAUCCUAAUAGAUAUGGAUUCAUUCCUUUGUUCUUGUGGCAUGACUUGUGUUUCCUUUUCGUGAGAUGUUCAUAAUAUUGAUGAACAAUUUAAUUUAUUGUGUCACUUAUGGCAAACACAGUAUUUGAAAACAGCAGAGUUGAAUGUAUAUAUAUUGUUCAUUUUUAAGGCGAUAGUAUUUAUUGCAAAAUUAGUGAGUAAACUUCAUGGCAAAAGAGUAUUGUUUUCACAUCUUGAUGUUUUAACUUAAUUUUACAUUGCUGUAAAUGAUCUGUUUAUCUUACAGCAUCAUCAUCAACAUAAUAAAAUGUAUAACAUAU